GUUCCUCUUUGUACGAAAAACCAAAGGAAAACCAAAUAAACAGAGCAAAGACCAAAGAGGGAGAGAAUCGCUUCUGUAGAUCAACAUAUUCUGGAGCGCGAAACCCCCAAAUUCAUUCCCUGCCUUUCUCCUCCGAUAACCCUAACAAGCUCUCUCUCGCUCUCUCUCGACGUUUGAACGAAAGGUUAGUGAGGGUGAACCUCCUCCUAUUUUUGGAUCAUCCCUAAAAUAGGCAUCAUGAGAUUUAAGAAAGGAAGCAAGGUGGAGGUGUUGGGAAAAGAAGAGGGCGUGUGGCGGCUGGGUGAAAUUACAUCCGGUAAGGGACACACAUACAGCGUCAAGUAUGAUGUUUCGAUGUUUGCAAGUGGUGAAGAUGCUGAAGAAAGGGUCCCCAGAAAGGCCAUUAGGCCUUACCCUCCAUUUGUUGCUUACCUUGAUACAUGGUCUGUUGGUGAUGUUGUGGAGAUCUAUGUCAACCUGUCCUGGAGGACAGCUGUGGUUAUGGAGGUCCUGGAUGGAAAUUACUACUCAGUUAAACUAACUGGGACUGCUAGAGAACUUCAAGUCAACAAAAUCAACAUUCGAGUGCCCCAAUUAUGGCAAGAUGGCGAGUGGUUUGUCAUGGGAAAAGGCAAUAGUAACUGCGAGGAUGUGAACUCCACGAAUGCAUCAACCUUGAGUUGUUAUCAGAAGGCAAGCCCCAGGAUGCAGCAAUCUGGUGCCAGUAGAAAACUUCCAGAAGGGAAUAGCUAUAUAUACACCGAGAACAACACUGGUUUUCAGGAGUCUUGUGUUGUGUCAGCUAGAACAUUGAAGAGAGCUUGUCCUUUUUGGUCAUCUGAUUUUGAUGCAUAUGACGGAAGCCUUUGCAAAAAGAGAGCCAUUGGGAAUAAGGGGCAGCUCCAAGGAGUGCUGAAAGGGUACCAAAUAUCUUCACUGAAAAAGGACAACAGUUGGACACAUGCAUGCUUUGCUUUGAAAGAUCAAAAGAUGAUACUGGGGCACAAAAGAUGGGGCCAGCAUCCGCUUCCCUUUCUUUUGAUAUGCACGCCUGUCUUUUUUCUUCGGCUAUGCAUGCCUGUUACUAUUAGCUGAUUACAGUUUGUUUCAGGUUUGCUGGGAACACAUACAGAACUUGUGGCUGCCACGAUGUGGGAAGGUCAUGCUAUUUUUAAUAUUCAAUCCUCCACAUAAUUGUUGUGUUUGUUUUACAUUGUGGCAUCUGUUCUGAAACCGAGUAAACAAGUUGGACCAUGGUUAGAUUUGGAAGAAAUCGCCCUGAUGCCUAGUUGCUGGUAAAGACAUGAAAUUUAUAUCUUCCUACAACGUCGUCACAGUAUCAGUUCAUCCUCAAACUAGUUACUUUGCUCAUUGCAAUCCUGCACAUAGGCAUGCUGCUAGUUUUCAGUAGCAAUAUCCUCGGAACAGUUUUAGGGAAAUUUUCCCAAGAAGAUUGGACUGGUCAUAACAAGCUGUUAAUUGUCUUACAAAGCUCAUAGUGAGUCAGUGACGGCUAUCUACUCAAUCCAGUCCAGAAAGUUGGUAUUACUUCCUGUCAAUCUGAUGCAAUUGCCCACGACCUGUUUGAAAUGAUUAUUCAGCUGUUGGAAAGCUUCCCCAGUAUCCGUCUGGUCAGUGGCAAGUUUGAAGGAAACUACUUGUUUGAUAGCUCUGUGCAUUGACAUUACGUAUCAAUUUACCAUGUCCAGGAAGCAAACCGUGUAACACCAGCUCUGGACAUGUUUUAUGUCAUGGUUUCCCGCUUGUUAUGUUGUCUUUUUAAUCAAUCGUAGCUGUUAUUCUUCAUCAUCGUGUCAAUUGCUGCGUGCACUGUCGCCCAAAGUUGAUGACUUUGGGAGGGUAAAUGAUGCCCCCACCGACUUCCUUUUGGUAAACAGUGCUGAAAUGUUUGAUGAAUAGAAUUGCAGGUGCUGUGAUGGGGAUGAGAUUAACGUCGAUUUGGCUUAUUUGGGCUGUUAGUUUGAUUGGAUAACUGUGUGGCUUAAGUGUUGAUUUGGGCUGUUAAACAAAAACCAGAGCGAUAGUGUUCAUUUGGUAUAGAAUGCUUGUGCAGCAGGG